AUGCUGCGUGCCCUGCUGCUGCUGCUGGGGGGCCUGGCCCCUGCCCUGCCCGCUGGUCCCCACUGGGCGUACGAGGGUCCCCACGGUCAGCAGCACUGGCCCGAGGGGCACCCGGCGUGCGGGGGCCGAGCCCAGUCGCCCAUCGACAUCCAGACGCGGUGGGUGCAGCCGGACCCCUCGCUGCCGCCCAUCCGCCCCGUGGGGUACCGCCGCCCCGGCACCCCGGCCUUCACCCUCGCCAACAACGGCCACACCGCGGUGCUGGCGCUGCCGCCAUCCCUCCGGCUGCAGGGGCUGCCCCGCAGCUUCGCCGCAGCUCAGCUCCACUUCCACUGGGGCCGGCCCGGCCGCGCCGGCGGUGCUGAGCAUCUUCUCGACGGCCACCGCGCUCCCGCCGAGCCCGGGGGUCACGGGCUGGGGGGGGGGGGUUCCCUGCUCUGCCCCCAGAUGCACGUGGUGCACUACGACGCGGAGCGUUACGCCAACGCCAGCGAGGCGCAGCACCACGCCGGCGGGCUGGCCGUGCUCGGUGUCCUCCUGGAGGUGGGUGCUGACCCCCACCCCGCCUACAACAACAUCCUGAACCAUCUCGGGAGCAUCCGCUACGCAGGGCAGACGACGGCCAUCCCCUCCUUCAGCGUGCAGGACCUGCUGCCCCCGCGCCUGGACCUCUACUAUCGCUACAACGGGUCCCUCACCACCCCCCCGUGCUUCCAGGGUGUCCUCUGGACCCUCUUCCAGCAGCCCGUCCGCAUCAGCCUGGCCCAGCUGGAGCAGCUCCAGGGAGCUCUUUAUGCCACGGAGGCGGCCGAGCCCGAGCCCCAGCGCCUGGUGGAUAAUUUUCGGGUCCCGCAGGAGCUCAAUCAGCGGCCGGUGCUGUCGUCCUUCCCCAGGGGGCCCAAGGGGUAUUCGACAGGUGAAGUCGUCGCCAUCGUCUUCGGCGCCAUCUUCGGCUGCCUCGGCCUCUUCCUCGUCGUCCACUUUGUGGCCAAGAGGAUGCGAGCGAGGAGGGUGCAGGAGCAGGACGUCGUGUUCAAAGCCUCCUCCCGCCGUGCCCCCGACGACGACGGCCCCCGCCCUUGAACCCUGCCCCGGGCUGUGGGGGGCCCCCCCCCCCC